UAAUACUCUCCUUAGCUUCCGUGAUAGUGAGAAGUCAGCCAGUCAGUUAGUGAGGGAAGGAGUGGCUGGUGUUUACUGAGUGAGGGCAGAAUCAGGACGUAUACUGCCAAUCUCCGGGAUCUCGAACCCACUGCUCAGCUACUGUACGCCGACUUCAUUCCAUUAACAUGGGUGGCAAGGGUCAGCCAUUGCAGAAAUGGUCAGCAAAGAGACUGGAUGGGCAGACUAUAUUAAUAACUGGUGCUAAUACUGGAAUUGGCAAAGAGACUGCAAGAGACCUGGCAAGAAGAGGAGCCGUGAUUAUCAUAGCAUGCCGAGACACAGAGAAAGGUGAGGCUGCAGCUAAAGAAAUAACAGAGGAAACUGGAAAUAGUUAUAUCGUGGUGAAGAAGUUGGAUUUAGCUGACACCAAAUCUAUUCAGGAAUUUGCGAAACAAAUUAAUGAAGAAUACCAGCACCUGAACAUUCUGAUCAAUAAUGCUGGAGUAAUGAUGUGCCCUUAUUCCAAAACAGUGGAUGGGUUUGAACUACAAUUUGGGGUCAAUCAUUUAGGUCACUUUUUGUUAACAUAUUUACUGAUCGAUUUAAUAAAACAGUCCACUCCUUCUCGUAUCAUCAAUGUCUCCUCAACCAUGCACACAAUGGGAGGCAUUAAUUUUGACGACUUAAACAGCGAGAAGAGCUACAGUCCAAUGAAAGCUUAUGCACAGAGCAAACUCGCCAAUGUUCUGUUUACAAGGGAACUGGCACGAAAACUUGAAGGUGCUGGUGUUUUGGUAUUUUCUUUACAUCCUGGAGUGGUGCGGACCGAACUAAGCAGACAUUUGAAUCCUGCAGUUCGGUUUGGCCUGACAAUGCUACGACCUUUCACCAAGUCUCCGUCAGAAGGUGCAGAAACGACACUCUUUUGUGCUGUGGCUGAAGGACUGGAAGAAGAAACUGGGCAGUACUUCGCGGAUUGUAAGCGUGCAAACUGCUCACAAGCUGCCCAGGAUGAUGAAAAAGCGAAGAAAUUGUGGGAAGUAAGCUGCCAGAUGCUGGAAAUUGAUUGGCAGUCUUCUGGACCCUGCAGCUGGAAAGAAGUCAGAAAAAUCUCUCAACUAGGAAAAUUGCUGUGGAGCAGUCACAGAUUAAAAAUCAUUGGGUCUGACUGGAAUUAAAGUCUGCUGCUUAAACCCAGCAUCACCUUCUCUAUUUCCGCUCCAACUUCUGCUGCUGCACAAAGUAACAAUCUAACAAGCAGCCCUCAUCUUCACAAGAGACCCCGCCAGGAGCCGACUGCCUGGGAAAAAGCAGGAAGAAUGAAAAGUGAUAUAAUCACAGUGACCAACAAUACAGUCAGUUCUGCUUUAUUGCAUGUUUCUUCAAUACGAAUUGGCUGUAACUUGAUUAAAGAAUUUAAACCAUUAUUUGUAAAACGUGAACUUUCUUUCCCUGUAUUGGCUACAUGGUGGUUUUGGUCCCAUUGGUUUAAAUGGUGCUGCUAUUAUGUGAUGUUCUUAUAACGUGGGAUAGCACAGGAACAAUCAUCGCAUUAUAUCAGAACAGGCUAUAGACAACUUCCUAGCAUCAAGAAUCGUUAUUACCCAAUUUUGAGUAAAUGUUGGGUUUUCAGGAUGACAUGUAGCUGUAAUUGACUUUGUUCAUCAUGUUUUCUUUUACACUACAGUGUUUCAUAGGAAGUGAAAAUUUAUUUUAAGUGCAAUGACCCAAAGUUUUACAAGUUUAA